AUGUAUGACUUGCCACCCGGUGUUGUUUUUGGUCCCACAGACCCAGAAAUUGUUCUCUACUAUCUUCUCAACAGGGUCAAUGGAGAGCCAAUGUUUGAGGAUUCAAUGAAUUAUGUCACUGAAUGUGAUGUUUAUGGGGAUCCUAACGCAUGGAUAAAAGUCUUUCAAGAAACCCACAUGGAGCGUCUCUAUUUCUACGCAAAACUGAAGAAGAAGAAUCAGAAAGGGAAGCGAAUUGAGAGAUCUACACAGUGUGGAACUUGGAGAUGUCAAAAGGAUGAACAACUUUUUCUUAACGAAACACAAUAUGGUUCAAAGAGAAGUUUCACUUUCGUCGCCAAGAAUGGCUUCAACGGCAUGGGAAGAUGGACCAUCCAUGAAUUCCGGCUCGACGGAGUGUAUGGAAACAGGGCUAAUCAUGAUAAUUACGUUAUUUGUACAUUUGAGACCCGUUAA